UUGUGGCAUCAAUUUGCUGACUCGGCGAGAAGUCUCCGUCGUUGCUGUGGGGCCAGCUGGGUGGUAGAGUGCAGCGGGCGCAUCGCUGAUCAUGAGACAAACGACCGAGAAUCAAUAGUCUGCAGCGACGCAGGGGGGGUCCUGAGUCAAGAUGGAGAGGUUCAAAUGUUCUUUUUGACUUGAAGGCUCCAAAGAUGAGCAGCAAGCGGGAGCAUUGCAUCACUGGAUGACAUUUUACACUUCUGCUUACCUCAACUACUUUGAGUCCAACAUGAGCGGCGGGCGGGGCCGUCUUGGUCAGGACAUGGAGGACAUCAGUGUUUGAAGCAAACAGGUGAAGAAGAGUGGGGAACACGUUACUUUGUAGUUUAUUAAAGCUGGCAGCUCAUCACCGCCCCGCCGGAAGCUUCCGUCCCCGCGUCCGCCCUGGAAAGCCAUGUUGGAUCACCUGUCGCGACGUUCCCGCUCCCUGCUCUCUCUGACCCUGACCUCUCUUGCCCUGGCGCUGUCCAUCCUGGCGCUGUGCACCUCCUACUGGUGUGAGGGCACACACAAGGUGGUCAAGCCCCUCUGCCUGUCGCCCGUCAAGAUGAAAAACUGCGGGCAGAACAACAGCGAGCCUUACACCACAGAGAGCCCGACCCAGAACCCUUUCAACCGCACCUUGUCCCCGGCCAGACGUGACGAGCUGGCCAAGAUCCGCCAGAGGCAGAUGGCCAACGCCGUGCACUACAUCUGGGAGACGGGCGAGGACAAGUUUGCCUUCAGGUACUUCCACACCGGCUUUUGGGAGAGCUGUGAGAAGCACAGUGAUGGGGAGAAAUGCAGGAGUUUUAUCGAGUUAACUCCAGGAGAGACGCAGGGUGUUCUCUGGCUGUCCGUCAUCUCAGAGUUCACGUACAUCGGCCUGCUGGCCAUGGGCUUCCUGCUCAUGUGGCUGGAAGUUCUGUGUGCUCACAAAGAAAUGCACUCGCUCAAAAUCAGUGCCUACGCUGCCAUGUGCACCGUGCUCUCAGGUCUGCUGGGCAUGGUGGCCCACAUGAUGUACACCACGGUGUUCCAGAUGACCGUCAUCGUUGGCCCCAAAGACUGGAGACCUCAGUCCUGGGACUACGGCUGGUCUUUUGCACUGGCCUGGCUGUCCUUCAGCUGCUGCAUGGGCGCCGCCGUGGUGACGCUCAACUCCUACACCAAGACCGUCAUCGAGCUGCGCCGCAAGCAGAGGCUGCGCCUGGAGGAGGCACGAGCCGCCACGCGCGCCCCCUGCUACGAGGAGGCGGUCUCAGGGCGGGACGGAGGCUUCUACUCCGUCAGCGGCCUGCUGCAUUGUCCCGACGGCGUGGUGGACGUGGCGUGGGCGCCCGACGGCGGCAUUGUGGGCGGGGCCAACGGCGACGUGCCCACGCUUGUUUUAGUCGGCGGUUGCGGGCCUGAAGGAUGCGAGGACUGCGAGAGAGAGAUGGACCGAAUGGACCAGGUGGUGGUGGACAAGAUGGACUCUCCUUGCUGACAAGUACAGUAGAUGGACUUAUUCCACUUAAUACCACUGUCAUGCAGGACUUAUUCCACUUAAUACCACUGUCAUGCAGGACUUAUUCCACUUAAUAUCACUGUCAUGCAGGACUUAUUCCACUUAAUAUCACUGUCAUGCAGGACUUAUUCCACUUAAUAUCACUGUCAUGCAGGACUUAUUCCACUCAAUAUCACUGUCAUGCAGGAGUUGUUCCACUUAAUAUCACUGUCAUGCAGGACUUAUUCCACUUAAUAUCACUCUCAUGCAGGACUUAUUCUACUUAAUAUCACUGUCAUGCAGGACUUAUUCUACUUAAUAUCACUGUCAUGCAGGACUUAAUGCACUUAAUAUCACUGUCAUGCAGCAAUUAUUCCACUUUAUAUCACUGUCAUGCAGGACUUAUUCCACUCAAUAUCACUGUCAUGCAGGACCUAUUCCAUUUAAUAUCACUGUCAUGCAGGACCUAUUCCAAUUAAUAUCACUCUCAUGCAGGACUUAUUCCACUUAAUAUCACUGUCAUGCAGGAAUUAUUCCACUUAAUAUCACUGUCAUGCAGGACUUAUUCCACUUAAUAUCACUCUCAUGCAGGACUUAUUCCACUUAAUAUCACUGUCAUGCAGGACUUAUUCCACUUAAUAUCACUGCCAUGCAGUAAUUAUUCCACUUAAUACCACUGUCAUGCAGAUAUCAUUACACUUAAUAUAAAUGUCAUGCAGGAAUUAUUCCACUUAAUAUCACUGUCAUGCAGGAAUGAUUCCACUUAAUAUCACUGUCAUGCAGGACUUUUUCCAUUUAAUAUCACUGUCAUGCAGAUAUUAUUCCACUUAAUAUCACUGUCAUGUAGAUAUUAUUCCACUUAAUAUCACUCUCAUGCAGGACUUAUUCUACUUAAUAUCACUGUCAUGCAGGAAUUAUUCCACUUAAUAUCACUGUCAUGCAGGACUUUUUCCACUUAAUAUCACUGUCAUGCAGGACUUAUUCCACUUAAUAUCACUGUCAUGCAGAUAUUAUUACACUUAAUACAACUGUCAUGCAGGAAUUAUUCCACUUAAUAUCACUGUCAUACAGGACUUAUUCCACUUAAUAUCACUGUCAUGCAGGAAUUAUUCCACUUAAUACCACUGUCAUGCAGGACUUAGUCCACUUAAUAUCACUGUCAUGCAGGACUUAUUCCACUUAAUAUCACUGUCAUGCAGGACUUAUUCCACUUAAUAUCACUGUCAUGCAGGAAUUAUUCCACUUAAUAUCACUGUCAUGCAGGACUUAUUCCACUUAAUAUCACUGUCAUGCAGGAAUUAUUCCACUUAAUAUCACUAUCAUGCAGGACAUUGUUCCACUUAAUAUUACUGUCAUGCAGGACUUAUUCCAUUUAAUAUCACUGUCAUGCAGGACUUAUUCCACUUAAUAUCACUGUCAUGCAGGACUUAUUCCACUUAAUAUCACUGUCAUGCAGGACUUAUUCCACUUAAUAUCACUGUCAUGCAGGAAUUAUUACUUCUCAGUGCCUCAUGUGUAAAUGUUAGAUCCACCUGCUAUAAUACAAUCACAACAGUAAUAC